CACAGUGUUCUACCAGUGCAGUGCAGUGCUUCACAUCCUCUCAGAAGAAUUCCAAAGCAGGAGAUCCAAAAUGUUUAAAAUCAUUGCCUUGGUUGCCUGUUUGGCCAUCGUGGUAUUUGCGGAACAUUAUGAAGAUGAGGAGGAACACAAGCUUUCUGCGGAACAUUUUGAAGUUGAGGACGAACACAAAGACUACGAAGCCAAUCCGGAGUACAAGUUUGAAUAUGGUGUGAAAGAUCCUCACACCGGUGACCACAAGAGCCAAUGGGAGCACCGUGAUGGGGAGAUUGUCGUAGGAUCCUACUCGUUAGAUGAAGCCGAUGGUACCCACCGUGUAGUGACCUACAAUUCUGAUGACCACAACGGAUUCCAGGCACACGUGCAGCGCGUUGGAAUUGCCCAGCAUCCACACGGUGAAAGCUAUUCGAAUAUUGAUCAACAUCAUUGAAUCGGUUGUUUUAGGAAUAGUGCUACGAGAUAACACUAAGAUACUAAUACUUGCUGAACAGAGUUUGAAAACAAGUUCCUUGCUCACAAUGUGAGCCAACAAAGGUGCGUCUUUUCUUUGUGAAGAAUCCUUCGAUAUUGAUUUUGCCUAUCGAAGUUAGCUUAAAUUGUUCCUAGUUUGAUUGUGUUAUAUAUUGCCUGUAAUUGCUUAAAAAUCCCAUAUGAAUAGGAAACCCAGCAAAGUUGGGACAACUAUGCGGUUAUAGGCAGUAUAUAUGUGUGAAUUUUGCCUACCAGGCAUCAAAUGUGUUUCUGAGACAAAUGCCUCAAAGUCAAGAGAGACGAUGUUCCAGUAAUAAUAAUUUUCGUUCUAACUUCGA